AUGGGUAAGAUACAGGAAAUCAUCAAAGAUACCUUACCCGGAAUUUACACAUAUUCAGUAAUGCUCGGCGAAGAUGAAAGUGCGGAUAAAAAAGCUAGUUACUUUGGUAACAUUAACGAAGAGAUUAAUAGUGUAUGUGAGAAAUUGAAAAAUGAUGAAAAUCUUAAAUACGGUUUCAAUGCCGUUGGAUUUUCUCAAGGCGGUCAGUUCCUUCGCGCAUAUGUCCAACGUUGCAAUGAUCCACCAGUGUACAACUUGAUAACUUUCGGAUCCCCACAUAAUGGCGUAUCUGAUAUUCCAGGUUGUGAGGGAAAUGAUGGAUGGUGUAGAUUAAUGCGAUCAAUAGCUAGUCAAGGUGCUUAUUCAGGAUACGUACGGGAUCAUAUAAUUCAAGCACAAUACUUUAAAGAUCCAAGGAGGCUUGACAUCUAUCUCAAAAAAAAUAUAUUUUUGCCGGAUAUCAAUAAUGAACUUGAAAUCAAGAAUGUAACUUAUAAAGAGAAUCUGGUGACACUUAAUAAACUCGUGUUGAUUAGAUUCACUGAAGAUACAACCCUUAAACCAGGGGAUACCGCUUGGUUCUCAUUCUAUGAUGAAGAAGGAAAUCUUGUACCUCUUCGUGAACAAAAGUUGUACAAAGAAGAUUGGAUCGGAUUAAGAACAUUAGAUGAGUUUGGAAGAAUAGUAUUUAAAGAUUGCGAAGGUCGUCACAUGUCUAUUGAGUUAGAUUAUUUCCAGGAUGAGGUUGUCAUUCCUUAUUUGAAUAACUCUCUUAUAUAUCGGAAAAAACCUUUACUUGUUAUUCAAACGUAG